AUGGGAGGCAGGAGCACGUGUCUGCUUCCGGCUCUGCUCCUUCUCGUCAUCCCAGGCUCAUCUGCCAUCUCGGGUCCCAGAGCAGAGAGAGGUGUGGAGCAGGAAUCACUGACCGUGCGGUGUCGAUACGACCCUGGGUAUGAGUCCUACCUGAAGUGGUGGUGCCGGGGGGCCGACUGGGGCAGCUGUCGGAUCAUGGUUAAAACCACUGGAUCAGAGAAGGAGGUGAAGAAGGGCCGCGUGUCCAUCAAGGACAACCAGAAAGACCGCUCGUUCACCGUGACCAUGGAGAAGCUCAGGCUAGAUGAUUCAGACACUUACUGGUGUGGGAUUGAGAGAAUUGGACCUGACCUGACGAACCGAGUAGAAGUGACCAUUGACCCAGCUGGAGAGUCGAUCUCCACAUCUGCCACCUCCAAUGCCAACAUGUUCACGGCACCUGUUGCCCCAGAAGGGCACGCGCCCCGGCUGGGCAGCGUCCACUUCCUGCUCCUGGUCUUCCUGAAGGUGCCCCUGCUCCUGGGUCUGCUGGGUGCUGUCCUCUGGGUCAACAGGCCUCUGAGGAGCUCGGGGGGGGAGCCCCAGGAAAACCAGCAGCCCCCAUGGUCUUCAACGCUGUCCAGAGAGAAAGACCCUCAAACAGAAGAAAAAGGCAUUUCUUGCAGGCAGUGA